CGGGGUCCACGCGACGCCAUUGCGCAGGUGCGGUAAGUUGUGAGUUCCUGUCUGGCGGUUCGCCCCUCCCUGCCUCUCAUCUUCUCAUGUCAAACCCAAAAAUCACGCUCUAAAACUCCUCCUGCGAGCCGAUCUUCUGUCAGAAUACCUUCCCCGGGUGCAGAUCUCCCCCGGGAGUGCGGAUUGUUUCCCCAGGGACGCCACGGGACCGGUCCGGGCGGCACCGUUGCUUUCUGUCGCGCUUGGUUGGCGUUGUUUACCCAGCGUGAGGAGUCGGGAGGCGAGCGAUGCCCGACCGCCGGGAUGGCGAGGAAAGAACGCUGAUGAAAGCGUUCCGACAGGCUAACCACGAUCUCAACAGUGAACCAGAAUCCGCAGCGUCCAUCCUACAAUCUGUUAAGGAACAAGAACUUCAGUUCGAGCAGCUAACCCGCGAACUAGAGGCGGAAAGACAGAGCGUCGCCAACCAACUCGAACGGUGCAAGUUGGGAUCCGAAACAGCCAGCAUGAGUUCGAUCUCCUCCACAGACGAGUCGUUCCAUUGGCGCCCUCCCCAGCAGCACGCCCCGGAGGACGACGAGAGUGACGCAGACUCCAAGAUGUCGGGCUCUCAGCUGGUCGACUCCUGUCUUAAGGUUCUACAGGAGCGCGGAGUGAUGGACACACAUGAUGACCCCAUGGAGGGGAUGAAGGACGCCAUGCCGCAUCCCGACCGGUACCCAGAGCGGAGCUACAACGGAGGGAACAACGGGGAUGCUCCGGUACACUCCUCUCACCAGUCGCUACACAGCAUCAACAGCUCACACUCCAACCCUCAACAUCCGGCUUCAUCCCAGCCGGAGUCCGUCACUGUAACCAAGGUGAUUCACACGCGCACAGUGACGGAGGUUGUACCAAGGAACCACCCCGCAGACAACUACUACGACCCUUACCGCGACAACACGUCCAACCGUGGCACGCCGCGACACAUGGAGGCGCCGCCACAGAGCAACUACAGCGACCCCUACGAGGGCAGAAAUCCGUACGAAGCCCCGGAAAGGCUGGAGGAGGAGGACACAGGUCUGGGGCCGUACCGCAACCCCUCGUCCACGACAGAAGGCGACUACUACCACAACCCGACCCCUCCCCGGGAGCCGGAGACCUACUCCAGACAGGACUACCACAACCCCUACAGUACAACCCCCAGCAGGGAGUACUCCAACUACAACGGGCAGCCGCCGGUCGCCAGCGACAACUACGCGCCCGUGUCGUACAUGGAAGACCCGGGAACGCCGGUCAUGCGGGCCCCACUGGCCGAACCGGAGACACCAGGCAGCAUGGGGUCGCUACGUGCGCACACGCCGUCCCUGGACAGCACGCACCGAGACCCGAUGGCCUGGCGUGACCCCGACCUCCCGGAACUCAUUGAGAUGCUGCGAGAGCCUCACCCUCCCGUGCAGGCGAACGCGGCAGCAUACCUUCAGCAUCUCUGUUACGGUGACGACCCGGUCAAAGCGAAGAUCCGAUCACUGGGCGGGAUCCCGGAACUAGUUCAGCUCCUGGACCACCCGAGCCCGGAUGUGCACCGAAACGCGGCGGGCGCGCUGAGAAACCUCGCCUACGGGAAGGCCAACGAUGAGAACAAGAGCGCCAUAAACAACGCCAACGGGAUUCCUGCGUUGGUGCGCCUUCUGAGGAAGACGCCAGACACAGAGGUUCAGGAGUUGGUGACCGGUGUCCUGUGGAACCUCUCGUCCCACCCUCCCCUGAAGCAGGCCGUUAUCGACGAUGCCCUGACCGUGCUCACCAACCGCAUCAUCAUCCCACACUCAGGCUGGGAGGCAAGCCCCGACGCAGACAGCAAACCCCGCGACAUCCAGUGGUCCGUGGUCUUCCGCAAUGCCACAGGCUGCCUGCGUAACGUGAGCUCUGCGGGCCCGGACGCCCGGCGGAAGAUGCGCGAGUGCGACGGUUUAGUCGACGCCCUCCUCCACGUUCUACAGACCGCCAUCGGGAAGAACGACAUGGACAACAAGUCUGUGGAGAACUGUAUGUGCGUGCUGCGCAACCUGUCCUUCAGGCUGCCCAAGGAGGUGCCGAGCGCGCAGCGGUUCGAGUUGGCUGAGCCACCCAAGUCUGCCCAGCCCCCUCCCAAGAAGAAGCCCACCAGCUGCUUCGGUUCUGGGAAGAAGAAGUCGGAAGACAGCGGGAUCAAGCAGUGGGACGGGACGGGGCCCAUUCCGCAGAGGGCAGAGCCUGCACGGGGACAGGAGCUGCUGUGGCAACCUGAGGUUGUGCGUCCGUACCUGUCCCUCCUGCUGGAGUGCUCGAACCACGACACGCUCGAGGCGGCGGCCGGUGCCCUACAGAACCUGUCAGCCGGGAACAACAAGUGGGCCGCGUACGUCCGCGCCAUGGUGCGCAAGGACAAGGGCCUGCCCGUGCUGGUCGAGCUCAUACGGAUGGACAAUGACCGCGUGGUCCGGGCGGUCGCCACCGCCUUGCGCAACCUCUCCCUCGACAACCGGAACAAGGAGUUGAUCGGGAAGUACGCCAUGCGUGACCUGGUCUACAGGCUGCCCGGCGGUGACAGCGCGCCGAAGACGUCCGAGCCGACCAUGGUGGCGAUACUCCACACCCUCCACGAGGUGAUCUCCAAGAAUAUGGAGAACGCGAAGUCCCUGCGUGAUGCUGGGGGCAUCGAGAGGCUCGUCACUAUCAACAAGAACAAGGAGAAGUACUCGGCAGAGGUGGUCAGGGCGGCACGGCAGGUCCUCGCCACACUUUGGUCCUUCAAGGACCUGCGACCCGUCUUCAAGAAGGACGGCUGGAACGCCUCGCACUUCCCUCCUGCGCGGGUCGCUGCGCGGCCCCCUGGGUCUACCAUGGCGCGCGGGGCGUCCCCUGGGGCGGGGCUGGAGUACGACGACACGACCCUCCCCGCCCCCCAGACCAACUCCAACGCCUACUCCACCCUGCCGGACGACAAGGCAGGCAGGAGACAGCUCGACUUCUCCCAUGAUAACAGCACCAGGCCUGCAGGCGGAGACCAGGGUCGGGGAGCGGCAGAGGAGAUCCCGAUGACAGAUCUGACUCCAGGCUAUGCCACUGUGGAAAGAGACACCAGGCCGGAGCAGAACUUCCAACCACCGGUGGGGGGAGUGCCGGUGUUUGGAACACCCAACCAACAGAACACUGAGCCCCUGUAUGCAAAGCAGGUUAAUAAAGACAAGAACCGGUCUCAAGACUACGGUUACGUCGACGAUCCUGACCCACGGACGUUCCAGCUGGAAGACCCCGACCCACAGAAACCCACAGACUCCUGGGUCUGAGGCGACCCACGGAAAAACCCACCCAAACCCCCCCCACCCCACCCAGGUGUAAACAGUAAUGUGUACAGCUUUGCUUCAAAUCAAGGAGAAUAUUUUUGAUACGUAAACGAUCAAUGAUCACAACUAGGAGAACGUUUGUAGGAAUCUCUACUAAUGUGGUCACCUGUAAUCAAGACUGUUAAACAUUGAGCACGUUUAAGUAGUGUUAAGUUCAAAACGAUUGCUAUAUUGUCUCUUUUUUUAAUUAGAAGUGGUCAUAAUGUUUGUUUGGUUAAGGUAACUGCUGCCUGCCACCAGGGCAUGAGACUGUACAUGAAUUGUGCCACAUUCCCGAAAUUGUAAACAUUCCAUCUGUAGUGUCGCUUGGACUGUUGUGUGUGCGUCGCGUGUCCGACGUUUCUCGCUGUGUUGCCGUGAGUUUUAGAUGGAAUGGAGGAUUCACCAAGCACCGUAUGGGAAAGAGAAGCCUCGUAUAUAGAUGACCGUGAAGGAAGGACCUAGUGUGUGAAGGAAUUUUCAAAAACGUGACUGAAAAAUAGCUCCAAAAGUAAGAAAGGAGUUGUAACAAAGGUAAAAGGGAAUGGAGGUGGCAUUAUGAAGAAGAGAUGAGUUGGUUUUGGAAUGACAGAAUGUGAGAGUCUGUGAAAGGAAAGGUUUUAGGAGAAAUGACAGAUUGUUAUGAGGACUGAAUGAAAGAUUUUGAGGGAAUCUCUUUGUUUCUUUAGUGUUGCAUUUCUUGAAACUCCAGUCAGCGUCCAGGAAAGUUGGUUAGAAUCAUGUUUAUCAAAUGACUAGGAUAAGAUGAGCUGUAUAAGACUGUAAAUAUUGUUUCUUACCCCCCCCCCCCCCUCCACUUCUCCAUCGUAAUAAGAAUGACUCGAGGUGGAAAUUGAUAUCUUUUUGCUCCAUGUAGCUGUGAGUAGAGAAGGGUGAAUUUGUCCUGCCAUGUGCCAUGUUUUUGGCGACGCCUCGCGGGCGGAGCCUGUAAUUUCGCCUGGCUGCAGAGUGUGUACAUACAUGCGACCCCUGUGGUCCCCCGUUGCACAAAUCAGUUUGUUUUUUUUUCCUCGUUUUUUGUUAAAAACGUUUUACUAGAAUUGUUUGCAUUGUAUGUGAGAAGGAUAGAUGAUGAAUAUUGCCUUCCCUGUAAAUGUAAUUCUUUGCAGCUAGGAUUUAUUUGGUUUGUAUUCCAUUGCUGCGGAAAACACAGAGCCAGUUCAAAAGCUGUAGGAAACUGCCAAUGUAUCUGUGUCUCAGCUAAAAUUUGUGCUACUAGUAUCAGUAAGAUUAUAUCAUCUUCUCUUUUUAAGGUAUAUAUUGAAAAAAAGUACAAUUUAUGAGUGAGAAAUGUGAUGAAAAUGGAAUACCUACAUUGAAACAAGGCAGUUCCGCUAGCUGCAUUAGUGACAUUUGUAAGAGUGUUUGUAGAUCUCAUACCAGCGUUAUACCUUGUACUGUGUGAGACAUUUUGUACUUGAUUUUGCCUCAUUACUUAUCCGUGAUUUGUGUAUGUAGACUUUGUGUACUUAAUUAAUUGAGUCUAGCUUGUAUGUAGAUGUGUAAUUUGUAACGUUUUGUUACUUGUACUACCAGACUUACUCUCAUUGUUGCCGAUUGUGUUCCCUCAGCAGCCAGAUUUGUGGCUGAACUACAAUUUUGUAUGGCAAAACAAAAGUAAACUUAACAAAAAUACAGCUGCAGUUUUGAAUGGAAGCUGCUAGGGGGCCUGCUGUAGCAGUCACGUGGUCUACACUACAGCGGAAGUGCCUUAUGUAGAACGGGGGUGCAUGUACAUUGUUGUACCUAGUUAGAGCUGUGCGCAGCAAUGGGGUCACUUGAAUUUGCAUCCCAAAGAUACUGCUUGUGUAAAGAAACGUUAGCACUGGUCACUUACAAGUAUAGAAGGCUCAAGGGGAUCUCAAGCAAAGUCUCAAGACCUACUUGUUGUUGCAGAAACAAAGAGAAAGAUACAGAAACAUGGAAGAAAGACCAUUUAACAACGUUUUAAGACUAAGCUGUACUUCGAGCAAUAGGUUGAAAUGAAAUGCAAGGUUUUUAGAAUAUCGUGGUCUUAGAAUCUGGUAACGACUUUCCAAACUUGGAGUGAGCAGUGUACGGCCACACCAAUCAAUUUCUUUGGUUUGUAGACCUCAUUAGAUGAACACGGAGACCUGGGAGGAAAAGUUGAAUCUGACUAUAUUCUCGCCAUGAUACAGUUAAACCAAGCAUAAACCUGUCUUGGUGCAUCUGUUUAGCCAAUAGAACUGCUCAUCAUUUCAUCUUCAGUCCAAAAGCCAACAAUGUGAAAUUAUAUUGGUGUGGCCUUAUACCAGUCUAUGAGGCAAGUCAGACUUGAGACUAGAGUAGGAGAACUCUCUGGGCGGUGAUACAUGUUUGUGCCCCUGACUUGUGUAAAUUUGUGUGCCGACCAACCGAAGACUUAUCAUAGAACCAAGCUGCCGUGUUGGUGAUGUUCCAUGUACAGGGGUCUAGCCAUAGACAUGACAUUACAUUAGUGCCAUCCGUGAUUUUCAAAACUCUAUUCCUAACAGUCGUUAACAUUUUGUAUCAGCCAGUUUGCUUGCUUUUAUGUGACUGCAUCGGCAGAGUACUGUCACUGUAGGAGCCAGUUGUUCCAGUGCUUUUGCUUGACACAUUUUUCCUCGUACAUAAAUGUUUGGCUUUUUGUAGUUUUCAGGAUAUUCCAUUGUCAAUAAACUGAACUUUCAGCAAACUAUGCCGCAACUUGAUAUCAAAAUUAUGUCCAUCCUGGUUCUUCAAUGAAAAAUCUCAAGAUUCUACUACAACAACAACAACAAAAAUGAAAAGUUGGUCAAAACCCUGGCUUGUUUUACAUCCAUGUAAAUGCCAUAUGACCAGUUUGCCAUGUUUUUGCUUAGGCCACGUUGAUUUGAUUAUAUGGAUGACAUCCGCGCUCGCACCAAUUUUCGGCCAUUUCCAAAAAAAAAAA